AAAAAAGUUUUUCUAUCUAAGGAAACCCAGCAGAUGGCAUCCAAUCAGUGACUUUUAGCAUUCACUCCUCCUGGAUGGGCAUGUAGAGACAGUGGACAGUCACUGGCAUUGACGUUGCAGCAAUCCCUCAUUUGUAAUUCUUUACUGUUAGGGAUGAUGCAAAAAUCAUAAAGAAGUCACAAUAUUUGACUGUAAUUAAAUGUUAAUUGCAAGAAACGAAUAAGGAAACAUGUUUAUUAUGGGGAAAUAAUUAAAUAUUUGCUGAUACAUCAGUAAUUUCCUAACAUUUCCAAAACCGUAGCUAAUACAAAAAGUCUUUUAGAAAUCGGUUGUCAUACAGGAAUAUCCCUCAGUAUAGCAACAAUUCAAAGCUGAAACAACAAUGAAAACCACAACAUUUUAGGAAAUGGUGAAGGAAAAAUGUAAAGGAGUAUUAAGUUUAAAAAAAGAAGUUUUUAUUUAGAUUUUAAUAAAGAAAUUGUCUUUUUAUUAAUAGAUGGAAAAAUGUUUAUUGGAAUUACAUCACUCACAUGCUUCUUAUAACUGCAGAGCAGCUUUUUGCAUGUUUCCACUUGCAUUUUGAACCUUCAUCUUUGUAGAUGAGGUCCAUCUCUUCCUCGCCUUCACUCUAAUCUUAGGCUCCCUCCACAGAUGCUUUGACUGGGUCUCUUAAAAAUGUAAUGACUUCGGGUCAGAGGAAACAUGUUAGUAAAAUUUAAAGAUUUCUUCAAACCUCAAUCGGUCAGUUUAUAAUUGAUUUUGAGCCAAACAGUACUUCUUUUUUCCUCCUUACAAAGCUUAGGUGGAAGGAUCAUGAGAGUACUGCUAAAUAUUUCUAACAAACAUAAAAUUCCUUCCAAUGUUUUCAAUGAUCACAGAGUUUACGGUAUCUCUUAGUUUUCUCUGCCAACCCUAGACCCCCCAGGAAGAAACUUACAUAAGCAGAUAAAAUUUUAUUGGGUGCUGUUCUGCAGAAAAUCAGCGAGAGAGGAUUAAGUGGUACGAUUAUGUACAUACAAGUAUAUAUUGUUCACUUUAUUUAUUGCACUGCAUGGGGUACUUUUCUUCCCUCGCAGUAUUAAAGCAAAACUGUAAAACAGUUGUACAAUGAGAAAAGAAGAAGUAAAUGAGACGUGAUUAACUAUAUGAUAACAAAACAAAGUUUUAAUAAAUCUGAGUAUAUAUAUAUAUAUAUAUAUAUAUAUAUAUUAUUACCAUCUGAGCUGUAGUUGUGCAAUUUGUGUGAGGUGUUUUCAGGAAAAGGGUGCAAUUUUUAAAACUGCCUCUGAAAAUUAAAAGAAAUUUAAAGAAUCAUUUGUAGGGAAUAUUUAAAGCUUUAAUCUAUAGGAAGAGAGUUCUAAUAACUCGUCUUAAAUACUUGCUUUAGCUGUCUGUCAGUGUAAAAUAAGGCCCGGGUGUAGGGAGGUAAAAUGCGCAGUAAUUAAAUAAAGCCCUGACCCUGAUCUGAUCCAGUUUGAUUUACAAUCAUAGUUAAAAUCACGAGUUUUUUCCUCACAUACUGUUCUUAUCAAAGGGACCUUACGGGGCAGAGCAGGUAGGUUAUGGCCAUUGUCCUGGCGUCGCCUUAACACGCAGGCGAGUUUCAGGUAAGUCGUGACGUCAUUCCGAUACUUUUGACCUCCUUGCCAGUAAAUCCAUAAAGGUGUGUAUCCUCACCACUCAGGUGCAGUUAUAGCCCCGAACCUCCGACUGAGGUCUGCUGGAUACAAACGCAGCCGAACAUGCGCCUAGAGUCCUGACUCACCUGAGAUCUAACCCCACCUGUCGAGAGAGGACUCCGGCAUGUACCCCAACUCCCAGCCGGUGAGACACCAGGCUCAGACGCUGACCCUGAACGGUCAGUACCUUCCGCCUGCUUAUGACUUCCCAGGUUACCACCACACAGUUUCGGGGGUCGCCGACCCGUCGACGACCACCUGGAACCCCGUUUACACCCCCCGGGAGGAGUACCCCUACAGCUUCCCGGGUUCGAGCCCCAGCGCGGGGCAGGUGAGCUAUACCUUCUCGGAGCUGAGCAGCGCCCCCUCAGCCGCUGGCGGAGGGGGGUCUCUCACCCCUUACAGCUUCAUUUCAGGGCAGGACCCCUUCAGCUCCAGGAGGAGACCACCUGAACCCAUCAGACAGACAUUUUCAGUUGGAAAGACUCGGACAAAGGACAAGUAUAGGGUGGUUUACACUGACCACCAGCGGCUGGAACUGGAGAAGGAGUUUCAGUGCAACCGCUACAUCACCAUGAGGAGGAAGUCCGACUUGUCAAUGGCUCUAGGACUCUCUGAGAGACAGGUGAAGAUCUGGUUUCAAAACAGACGUGCGAAAGAGAGAAAGAUCAACAGGAAGAAGCUGCAACAUUCCCAGCAGGCCUCCACAACAACUCCCACCCCACCUGUCCUCAGUGCACUUAAUGAAAGCCAUGUUACCACCAGCCCUAGCACCAGCAGCAACAUGCUGUCGGACAUAAAAUCAGAGGAGUACUAGCUGGAUUUCUGAUCAGUCAGAAAGUGUAUCUGAAAUGUAAAUAGCAAUUUUCUUUUUAUGAGUUCAACACGGAAUGAUUAAUUAUUCACAUCACUGAUGCUGUAAAUCCAGUAUUUUUACAAUGUGAAGCUACAUGUAUUGCACCAAUCAAACCUACAGGCUACCUUAAAUUAUUUCCUGUUUGUACUAGUACGAAAUAUUAUGAGAUCAACACAAUAUCACUAGUAACUUUUAAUGUCUACAUUGCUGUGGAAAAAGUGUUUGCCCCCUUAACAGUUUCUGCUGGGCUCUUUAUUUGCUUUUUUGUCACAUUUAUAUGUUGUAGAUCAUGAAACAAAUUUUAACAUCACACAAAAGUAACAUGAGUUUAUAUAAAAAUCUGUCUUAACGUUUUUUAAACAAUUAUUUCAUUUAUUAAAGGAAAAAACCUGCGGACCAGUGCCCCUAUGGGCAAAAGUAACCGUAUUAAACCAGAUGUUAUCUUUACACAGGUUUGCUUACUGCCAGACCUGUAGAAAUAAGAAAUUACUUAAAUAGAGCCCAUCUGACAAAAUGAAGCAGGCAUGCAAAUCUUAAAAAGCAACACAACCCGACCAAAUUUAAUGGGAUUCAAGAACAUAUGAGAAACAAAGUCAUUGACGUCCAUCAUUCUUGAAAGGGCAAUAAAGCGAUUUUUAAAGCUUUGGGAAUCCAUUGGACCACAGUCAGACCCACUCUAGAACAAUUGAAAACCUUCUCAGGAGUGCACAUUACUCCAAGAGUACUUCUACGAACACCAACGAGCAUGAGGGAGGUCACAAAAAAAAACAGAAUAACAUCCUAAGCACUGCAGGCUGUUAUUUGAGGUCAAAAUUCGUGAUUCAAUAAUGUCAAAAAGUUUCUGAGGAAAAAUUACAGCAAUAAGAAAGUUCCAAGACAUAAACAAAGAACUGCUGACCUAAAAGUUCUGAAAGGCCCCUUUGAUUUUUGCCAAACAAUAUCUUGAUCAUUCCUAAAAAUGAAGGAAAAAUAUUCUUUGGACAUGAAAAAACAAAAGACGAACUUUUUGGAAGAUGAGUGCCUCUUUACUUCUGGACUAAAACUUACACAGCAUUUAAGAAGAAAACACAAUACCAGGAAUCAAACUUGGUGGUAGUGUGAUGGUCUGGAGCUGCUUUGUGGCUUCAGGAUUAGGAGGACUUUCUGUGAUUAUUUAAAAAAUCCUGAACUACUGGAGAAUAUCCAGCUAUCAGUUGGGAUCCUAAGUAUAAAUGCAACUGGGUCCUUUAGCAGCAUGGUAAUCCGUAACAUACCUGUAAGGAAGUUCGCUUCUGAAUGACUCAAACACAACAAAAGAAAAAUUAACAAAAUUAAGCUUGGGAGUGGUCUAGUCAAAACGUGGACUUAAAUCCAAAUCAGAUGAGGUGCCAUGACCUUAGACAGGUGAUGCUUGAAACCCCUCCAGUGUGGCUGAAAUUACCAAUAUUGGCACAGAAAGUGGGCAAAAGUUCAUAUAGUCAUGUAAAAGAUUCAUUGCCACUUAUAACAAAGAGUCAUUAGGCUUAGGGUCAGACGGUUUGAAGAGGUGUUUGUUGCCCUAAUAAAUGGCAUUAUAAUUUGAAAACAUUUUUUUCUGCCUGUACUCAGGUUAUCUUUGAUGAUUUGAAAUAUUCAAAUGUGACAGGAAAGUAAACAUUUUUGCAAAUCUGUACUAUCAAAUACAUCUUCACAGCAUUGUAUGUGCUUUUCAGUCAGUUAACACUGAAACAUUUUCACCAGUUCUCUUUAAAGAAACAAAAAUAAUGAUUGUUGGUUUAAGCUUUGUCUUAUGUUGUUAAAUGUGUGCUGCAUUAAAAAGUGAUUCGUAAUCUUUUUCUUUACCCGA